AUUCUAGCACCGAACGUGCGUGAAAACUUUCUAGAUCACACGUUUCUAAGCUGUAUUGGUGCUCACGUUUUCCGUGUAGUCGUGAACCGGCUUAAUUUUCUCGAUUUUCCGACGAUUUUCCACGCGACCGUUCAGCAGCAGCAGCAGCAGCAGGGAAGCGAGCUCAUUUGAAGUGAUCGUGUGCACAAAGUCGGAGCUCGAACAAAAACGUGUGAAGAACGGUUCGAAUUCCGAAUUUGGAAUAAAUAGGUCAGUCAGUUUUUCCGGCGGUUGACAUUUUCAUCGCAAUUUUCCGGGGUGAAAAAGAGCCAUUUUUUUUCGCUCGGAGGGUGCUAAAUCGAAACGACGGUGUCGUAAAUCGAGAAACCACCAACGGAAGAAGCGAUCCCAGCGAUAUUUCAAGGGAGAUUAUCUGCCCAGGGUGUAAUAACUUGCUUGCCGAGUGUAAAUUGUAGUGAGCUGUGAAGAAGUGAAGACGAAAUGGUUCAGGACGGCAAAGAACCUGCAACGGCGGUGGCGGUGGCGGCCUCGCCGACAGGAAGAAUUUGUCCGGUCUGCAACGAACCGGCCACGAAGCGAUGUUCCGGCUGUAGUGCCAUGUACUACUGCAGCGUUGACCAUCAAAAGCAGGACUGGAAGAAUCAUAAAAAUGUUUGCCACCCAUUCAAAAUUUGCAGUGACGAACGGUUCGGACGCUACUUGGUGGCCACAAAGGACAUCAAAGCCGGUGAAGUCGUGCUGAAGGAAUCGCCCCUGGUCCAAGGUCCGGCCCAAAUUACGGCCCCCGUCUGCGUGGGAUGUCUCCAAGGUUUGGUCGAGAAGAAGUUCCUGGAGUGCGAACGGUGCGGUUGGCCGGUUUGCCGGCGUGAAUGUCAAGACCGUCCCGGUCACCAGGCGGAAUGCAAAUUCACCAUUGCCCGUGGCAGCAAGAUGUCAAUGCAGCACUUCUACGUCCCCCAUCCGGUGUACCAGUGCCUGAUUCCGCUCCGUUGUCUGCUGCUGGCCGAGCGGAAUCCGGCCAAAUGGCAGGCAUUAAUCAAGCUGGAAUCGCACGAGGAGCAGCGCCGCGGCACCGAACAGUGGCGUAACGACCGCGAGGGGGUGGCCAAGCUGAUUCCACGGUUCUUCAAGUGCGAAAACAAGUGGACCGAAGACGAGAUUCUGCGAAUCAUCGGCAUUCUGCAGGUUAACGGCCACGAGGUUCCGCUGACGGAACCGCCGUCGGUUGCGGUCUACAACAACGCUUCGAUGAUCGAGCACUCGUGCCGGCCGAACCUGUCCAAGAGCUUCACCGACAAGGGUGAGAUCGUGUUUUGGGCGCCGAAUCCGAUCGCCAGUGGUGAAAGGUUGAGCAUUUGCUACUCGGAUGUUCUUUGGAACACCGGGAGUCGAUUGGAGCACCUGAAACAGACCAAGUUGUUCCAGUGUACUUGCGUGAGAUGUUCGGAUCCGAGCGAGUUUGGAACGUACUUUAGUGCGAUGAAAUGUUCCGGGUUCAACAAGGAGUUGAACUGUGGCGGCAUGCUGAUGCCGGAGAAUGAGAAGAGCUGGAGUGAAGGAAAGUGGGUUUGCAACAAGUGUCACGGAACUGUUGAGACCCCGAAGAUUCUCAAUAUGGUAAAUCGCUGUAAGAUGGAUUUUGAGGCCAUGGAGAAGACCAACGAGCAGCACUGCAACAAGUACAUUCAGCACUACUCGCGUUGGUUGUCCCCAAAUCAUCACUACAUCGUGGAUGUCAAGAUUUUGUUGUCGCAAAUCAUCGGCGGUGGAAGUCCGGACGCCAUCAAGAGAAUCCCGGAAGAGUCACUGAUGAAUAAGAUCAAAAUCUGCCAGGAGUUGAUUGCUCUGUUCCAGAAGGUUUGUCCCGCUGAGGCCCGCGUCAUCGGGACGACCCGCUUCGAGCUGCACGCUGCCCUGGCCGAGUUCGGACGGCGGGGUGUCGAGACCAAAAAUCCCGCCGUCCGGAGUGCCCUCGAGGACUCGUGGUUCAACGCUUCCGAGUGCGUUCGGAUGCUGUCGCACGAGCCGUCCGAGCUGCCGGAGAGCAAAAUUUGCAAGCAAGCCGAGAUGAAUAUUGCCUCGUUGAAGGUGCUGCUGGGAAUGUAGAGUAUGGAGAGAGGAGUGUGUUUGCACGUGUAUUUGGUUGAAUUUUAUAGGUUUUAUAAGAAAGACAAU